AUGUUAGGUCGUGGGAAGCCAGCAGCUUCUAUGCAAAAGACUUAUGACGACUGCUAUUUGACAUGCUCGACAGCCGUGUAUUUCGAGGGUCAAAACAACGAAACAGAAGCUUUGCGAUCAUGGCGCAAUGCACUGGACCAAAUUUACUACCACAACGCCUAUCGCAUGCCCACAGGAUGGCGACCACGGUCCGAGACGGAGAAGGCAUUGCAAGAUUCAUUGCGACAGAUGGAACUGCAAUGCAAAGAGCGUGUGGAUCUUCUCGAGGCGCUUAGACAAAGUCGCGAGGAAGCUGCCCAGGGAGAAAUACAAGCAAAGGCAACGGCAUCGAGCACAAGCAUCCCACUGCAGGAAGGCGCAGACCAAGGCAACAACUCGGCUUGGUUAGGAGGAGGCAGUAUCCCUCCCGUUGGCUACUCGGACAUUUCUCGACCUACGCCUCCUUCUCUUCCACUUCGCAACAAGCGACCAUCUUAUACUUCCAAAUCCAGCUCUGGAGCUGAUGUUCCGCGUGCCCGCCGUUCACCCUUACAGCCGUCCGUCUCAGCCUUUCCUCCGACAUCUAUGCUGGCCCCCCAGCCGUCUUCUGAUCAGCGAAAGUCUUCCCGUACCCCUAGUCCGGAGAAGAGAGGAGGAAUGCUGAGGACUUUGCGCGCUGGCGGUAAGGAGAGAACCAGUUCGUCUAGUAAACUAUCGACUGCUACGUUCAGAAGACCUGCUGCCGCCUCGAAAGCUGCUACCCAGGCAUGGGGGACUACCCAGCGUGGUGCCAGCGUUGGCAGCCUAGAACAAGCAAAUGGACAUCUGGAAGGUCCCCCUGCGACAGCCACUGUCUGGGAUCCUUACACACGAACUCUUGUUGACCCCUCUUCCCGGCCGCCUGCGCCUAGCCAUACAGCCUCUGCUCCUCCAGUUCCGCCUCAUUCAUCAUCUUUACGUUCCUCUCAAGAGCAACCGAGACCACCGCCUCAGAAGCACAUCCGACCUCCGAGCCCAUCUGACUACUUUGUCCAACCAUCGACGACAAACGGAUCCAAUUCUGAAACGCAGCGCCCACCGUACCCUGAUCAUUCUUUGUUGAACCCAGUACAGCCUUCUCAAGCAUACGCAAGCAGUUCUGAGCAUUUGGGUCCACCUUCGCCAAUCACUUCUCCUCGUCAGCGACCGAACCCUGUCUUCACAGCCAACACCCCCAAAGCCCGCAGACAAUCGCCUGUUCGUAGGCUCGAGCCUGUGAGCUUGCCAUCCUAUCGCAACGAAUACCUGCCCGUUCAGCCGAGCAAAUACAAGAACCCGCCGAAUGCUAGGCCACCCAAGACUGUAAAAGACCUGGAGAACCAAAUCUCGUCUUCGAUGCCUGUUGAGUCUUUGGGAAGUCAAUCAAAACCGAAAGCAGCACCGCCAAUUCCUAGAAAAGCAGUUGGUGUUGUUAACGCCGCAAGGGCACGGCAGCAACUUGACGAUAGAAAUGUGUCAUCGGGCUACAGUGCGGACGAACAUAGCAGCGGGAGAGAGAAUUCGACAAGGGUGCGACGAAAGAAGCCGACAACUACCGAUGAGGAAUUACCAGCCCCAAUCGCAGAAUCUGUCAAAGAAGUCUCCGAACCAUCUGUUGAACCCCGAGAUGAAUUGUCAGAGUGGGAUGAACGUGUUAAGAGCCUACUCAACAAUCUACCUCGAGGUGUGGAUGAAGGAGCUGCAAAGCAAAUUUUCAACGAGAUUGUGAUUCAGGGUGAUGAGGUACACUGGGACGAUGUUGCAGGUCUAGAGAUCGCCAAAAGCGCUCUGAAAGAGACCGUAGUCUAUCCUUUCUUGCGACCAGAUCUGUUCAUGGGUCUUCGCGAACCCGCGCGUGGUAUGCUACUCUUCGGGCCGCCUGGAACUGGAAAGACUAUGCUAGCCAGAGCUGUCGCGACAGAGAGCAAAAGCACGUUCUUCGCCAUCUCUGCUAGCAGUCUGACCAGCAAGUAUCUCGGCGAAAGUGAGAAACUCGUACGUGCACUCUUCUCCAUCGCAAAAGCACUGGCACCAUCCAUCAUCUUCGUCGACGAGAUUGAUUCACUACUCUCUGCGCGUGGUGGCUCAAGCGAGCACGAAGCCACUCGUCGUAUCAAAACCGAAUUCCUGAUCCAGUGGAGUGACUUGGCUAAAGCAGCUGCGGGUAAGGAGACAAGCGAGAAAGACAAGGAGAGAGGAGACGCGAGCAGAGUAUUGGUACUCGCAGCCACUAACCUGCCUUGGGCGAUCGACGAAGCCGCGAGGAGACGAUUUGUCAGAAGACAAUACAUCCCACUUCCCGAGGACUAUGUGCGUAAAUUGCAGCUCACGACAUUGAUGGCGGCACAAAAACACAACAUCAGCGAUGAAGAUCUGGAUGAGUUGGUUUAUCUGACUGAAGGCUUCUCGGGUAGCGAUAUCACAGCUCUGGCAAAAGACGCUGCAAUGGGACCUCUACGCUCUCUAGGAGAGAAACUUCUACACAUGUCGCCAGAAGACAUCAGACCGAUUGAUGUGACAGACUUUAAGGCCAGUCUGACAAACAUUCGACCAAGUGUUUCGGCAUCUGGACUCAAGGAGUUCGAGGAUUGGGCUAAGGAGUUUGGUGAGCGUGGUGGCUGA